AUGGGCUUGCUGCAUAUCAUCCGAAAAGUCAAGUGCAAGGAGCAUGAAAUCCGCCUGCUGCUAGUGGGGCUGGACAAUGCCGGCAAGACGACGAUAGUGAAGCGGAUCAGCGGGGAGGACGCCAGCACCGUCAGCCCCACGCUGGGGUUCAACAUCAAGACGCUGGAAUUCGGCGGCUACCAGCUCAACGUGUGGGACGUGGGAGGGCAGAAGACGCUGCGGCCCUACUGGCGCAACUACUUUGAGCAGACGGAUGGGCUGGUGUGGGUGGUGGACAGCACCGACCGCCGCCGCCUGGCAGACUGCGCAGAGGAGCUGGGCAAGCUGCUGCUGGAGGAGCGGCUGGCGGGCGCCACGCUGCUCAUCAUGGCCAACAAGCAGGACGUGCCGGGGGCGCUGAGUGCAGAGGCGAUCCGGGAGGCGCUGCAGCUGGACUCGCUGGUGGGGCGCCAGUGGAGCAUCGUGGCAUGCAGCGCGGUGAAUGGCAGCGGGCUGCUGGAGGGCUUCCAGUGGAUGGUGCAGGAUGUGGCGUCACGCAUAUACCUGCUGGAUUGA